AUAUGGAGGCGAGAGAGGUUUGCACUUCUGGUUGGAUGCUUUUGGGAUGGGGACAGAAGCGUAACACGGUUCCGUUUCGUUAUGUCGGGGUUUCUAACAAUUCCUUUUGCUUUGCUUUUGUUUUUGCAUAUCUGAUUUCGACAUUUAGCGAAUGGUAAGAGCUACACAUCAAGGACAUGUAGGCUACAUAUGGUUAGGUGUGCCUCGGAUGGAGUUUUUGAGAGAUACCCAAGUGGUAGAACUAGUAGAGAACUGGUAAAUUACCAAAAGGUGUUGAAAUAUCUACUACUUGGGAAUGAGUG